CGGAAGUAAACAGUAAUCACGUUACAACCCGGAAGAAUUGCCUCUUUUUCUUCUCCUCUCCUCUCGAUUUAGCGUUUGAACAGGACGAGAAUGAGCGAUUUAUCCCGUCAAGACACGAUCAUACGCGGUGCUGCCGCCGCCGUACAGCCUUCAGGGGUCUUAUCCGUGUCUUAAAUCUUCCGGCGACUCGACGUGCGAGAGGCGUCCGAGUGCGAGCAGCAACGCCCCUGAUGCCAGCCGAGAAAAACACCCCUCGCCCUGUUUACAAAUCGGCCGGGAGAAAUUGUUUCCUCGCAGUGUGGCCUUAGAUAAUCGUGCGGUUCUGUGUGUGUGUGUUUGACAGCCGGAAGAAUUAACAAAAGAAAAAGAAAAGAAGAAAAAAAAACAUGGCUGAACUGCAUGUUGUGGAGCCGAGCGGCACAGGCACCAUCGAGCAGCCGGAGCACCGCGACGUUCGCGGCUCUCUGCGCCUCGCUUCGCCCACCCUCAUGGUCCCGCCGCGGGGCAGCCAGCUCAGCCCCGGCGGCGUGUCAGGCGGCAGCGGCGGCGGGCGAUCGGUGUUCGGGUUCCCGGCGAAGAGCAACGCGGGCUCCCCGGCCGAAACGGCGGAAAAGCCCGGUUCGCGCUGGGUUCGGCUGAACGUCGGCGGGACGUACUUCGUCACAACCAAACAGACGCUGUGUCGCGACCCGAAGUCGUUCCUGUUCCGGCUUUGUCAGGAGGACCCCGACCUGGACUCCGACAAGGACGAGACAGGCGCCUACCUGAUCGACAGGGAUCCCACGUACUUCGGCCCCAUUCUCAACUACCUCCGACACGGAAAGCUGAUCAUGGAUAAAAACCUGGCAGAGGAAGGGGUUCUGGAGGAGGCCGAGUUCUACAACAUCGCGUCUCUGGUGCGGCUGGUGAAGGAGAGGAUACGGGACAACGAGAACCGGACGUCUCAGGGACCCGUGAAGCACGUGUAUCGAGUGCUUCAGUGCCAAGAGGAGGAGCUCACGCAGAUGGUCUCGACCAUGUCGGAUGGCUGGAAGUUUGAGCAGCUCAUAAGUAUCGGCUCCUCUUAUAACUACGGCAACGAGGACCAGGCCGAGUUUCUAUGUGUCGUCUCUCGGGAACUCAACAACUCCACCAACGGCAUCGUCAUCGAGCCCACCGAGAAGGCCAAGAUCCUUCAGGAAAGAGGCUCGAGGAUGUGAGGAGACGCCAAAAUAACAUUUCAUCCACGAAAAAACAAAACAAAAACUAUAACACAGAACAUUUUCUCCCGUUUUUAUUGCGAUCUAAAAAUUUGCCAUCAACAUCCUGCAGCAACAGGACACCGACCUUCCUCUUCCUCCUCCUCCUCUUCCUCUUCCAUCAACAGCUUCAGGCUUCAGUAUAAAAUGGAUUAGAAGCAAGCGGGUUUCCUCAAAGCUCUUGUGGUGCUGAUGGAGCGUAGAGCUUCUACUCAUCAGCAGCAGCAGCAUCACUUUUGCAUUCGGCUCGGUUGUCAGAAUUCUCCUCAGGACUUUCACAGGACGUAAAGGAGCGAACGCAACUCUGCGUCCUUCAAAAUCCUUUUCCGGAAAGGCAAGCACAAGAAUUUCAUUACACAGGGCCUGUGUAAAUGACAAUAAAAAAAUAAAUUAAAAAAAUCUUUGAAUCUUCAACUGUAUCCCGGCAAUGGACAGAACGUCCCCCGUCCCCGUCAGAGGCAGGUCAGAAGUGGAAUCCAAGCCUGCUGGAUGCAACGUUUUCCUCUUUCAGAAACACCUGAGAUGAAGCGCCUCCUUUCAGUCGUCCUCUCCUCAUCUUCCUCAUCAUCAUCCUCCUCUGUUUCCAGCAACCCGGCUCCAUUUGGUCGCCGCCUCCGGGGAGAACGUUUGGGGAUAUUAUUGUGCGGGAAAAGAAGAAAGCGACUGACUCUAAAUGACUACACUUUAUCGAGGCAUGUGAGGACUCUAUAUACAUCUAUAUCGGCGACACGAUGACAUUUUAUGAAAAUGGUGUAAUUACUGAUUUCUGUAUCAUGGUUGUCAUAUAUUUACAUAUUUCCAGUGGGUGAGUUGAUUUUAAACGACGGGUGAGAAUAUCGCUUUCCAUGACCCCGUUCACAUGGACGUGAGUAAGUGUGUGCAGUGCUUUUUAAUGUCCACCAUUGAAACAUCACAACAAUUAAUCAGCUGCACGUUUUCUGUAAGUGUUCCUCCUGCUUUGAUCUCUCGCAUAUCUUGACAAUUGUAAAUUAGGUAAGAGGACGUUCUGUUCCAGCUGACUCGCCUGAGGUUUGUUUCUCUUAACGGUGCUGAUUUUAAGACUCGUAACAACAUGGGAACACACAAACUCUCCAUUAUCACUCUGAAAGUUUGAUUUUUUUUUUUAAUAUAUUGUGAAAUGUACUGUUUGUGACAGUGAAACAAAUGUGCAUUUACAAAAACCCAACAAGUAACUAAGGAGGAAGUCAGAUAACUAAUUGCAGCUUUAAAACUUCAUUUUUCUAUUUUUGCCUUUUGAGAAAUUAAACCAGGGAGUUUUUUCUGUUAAUUGAAUCAAACCGCCAAGAAAAUGACGUUGUACUUUUUCUUAUUCGAGCAGCUUAAUGUGGAGUUCGAUCAUUAUUUACACAUAUCAGACGGGAAACCUCAGAUUCUCAUGUUAGAUAUCUGAAAUGCAAAAAAAAGAGAAAUAGGGCGUCAGAUUUUUACGAUCACCUUUCUUUGUACAAAGAAAAUAUUUCAUGCGGUUACGUUAUAUCACGCAUUAACAAAAAGAUAAAUGUAAAUUCCCUGUUUUGUUGCGCUAACUUGCUCUUGAGCUGAAUUUGCUCACAUCAACCAACCCCCCCCCCCACCCAGUUGUUCCUCAAAAGAGUUCCGGAUGGACAAACAGGAGGGAAGCACGGAGAAAGUUCUCUGCUCUUAUCUUAGUAAAACUCCAGCUGUGCGCUUCUUUUUUUCAUUGUGUUGCAUGUUGAUCCACCGCUGAUGAUUUCACUCUCUUACAAUGUGUGUAACUGACCUCACGCCUCGUUGCCAUGGUCUUCAUGGUCCCCGGGGGGAUUUUCCCUUGGUUGCUUUUAGUUCAGCGAUUUCCAAACUCUUAAAAGAUAGAAAAGCAGCAACAAACAACAUGUUUGUGUUCUGCUUCAGUUCCUCUUCUAAACUGUGAGUGAGUUCACCAGUUUCCAUUAAGAUUUGUGCAGAUGUGCACGGUCCCCAGAGGAUGAACCCGGCGGGCUUUGGGGGAUCUUCUGACUCAUGGGUGGCAAGUUUUUGGGCCUUGAACAGCCAACAGGUUAAGAUGAUUGCCAGAACAGAUAAAAGAACCCACGUGUUCAUGAAGAUGAACGAGGCUGGUUUUUAUCGGUGUGUCUGCAUAUUAUCAGAAAAUGUAUUAUCGGCUCCUCUUGAGUUUUAUUACAAUUUAUGUCCACUUGAAAUAUUUGAAGAUCAAGAAAAUUUCAGUCAAUUUAACUUGACAUGUUCAAAGUUGUCAUAGAGUGUUAUUUUGUAGACAAAUCUUCCGUAGUUAUUUUUUUGUGCAGGAGUCAAGUAGAUUAUUAACCAGUCUUUUGUCUCGAGAGAAACCUGUUGAACCGCUGAAGAUUGAAAUGCGCUGAUCUCAACCUUUUGAAUGAAGCAUCUGUUUAAAAAAACAAAAACAAAUUCUGUUCCCAUUUUGUUUUUUACUCACCUGCACUAUAGUUAGUGAGCUAGUCAAACAGAUGAUGUGCAAUUAUAACAAAUCUGCAAAAAAAUAUAAAUAUAUAUAUAUAUACCUGUUGUUGGGGCACGUAAAAACGCGAGAGCAUGCUUUGUUCUAGAGAUUAUGACGUGUACUUUGUCCUGGAAUUUGUCAGACCUUCGUGUUGGUGCGAAGUGUAUGUGAUGCAUGGCGGGGGGGUCGAGGGGGGGUGGGGGGUCAUGGACUUGCGGUUUGUAGGUGGAGAUUUGUUGUUGGUCCUCAGCGAGACGCAUUUAUCCGCCUCAACACGUUUUCUCGGUUGUUUUCGUAUCUUUGUUGCAUCAGUUUAACUCAACUUCUAGAUGCAGGAUAGCUUUAAGAACCCCUCUCCUCCAAUCCCUUUCUUAACCUCGGUUUAAGAUCAUUUACUCAACACACGAAAAUACUGUUUUUUUCGUUUUUCAUUCCAUGGAUCACGUUGCCAGUGAAUCUGUAGACACACUGCAUGCGUUUGUGGAAAUGCACCACCUGUACACUUGUUAAGAGGUACAAAUGUCACCUGUUAACAGUUACUUUGUGAUCAUUUAUCAACAGUAUUGAUGUCAAAUGUGAAUAAUGUCGAUGAAGACUGUGGAGAAAAAACAGUUUGGGAGCUGACAAAACAUUUUUUUUUCUUUUUGUUGUCUGAUGUUUGUUUCACUUGUAUUUAUUUUAUAUUAUUUUUGAAUUUUGUCUACAGAAAAGUGUCAUUUCUUUACAUGUGGCAAUCCUAACAACAUCCAGUCUGGUUUUUAAUCAUAAAAUGUGUCUGUGUUUUAAACAAA